GGAGAAUCAGUGGAGACUUUGCAAACAACACACAAUGAGGUUGUCUACAGAAUGUUUGCGCUCGGGUUCUCGGUCCGGGACGCGAUAUGUGGCCCGUUGGAUGGCCACCGCUAGAGAUGGGAAUGCCUCAUCCACUGUGGUGGACUACACAAAGAGAAGAGAAACAGUGGAGAAUUCAGAGCCAUCCAAGUUUUAUCCUCGGUACGGUUUGGUUAAGAGGGAAGGGUAUACGACUAUCCGGGUCCCUGAGUUUUUGAAGAAGUAUGAGUCUGUGGGAAAGCCUGUAGAGGGUAAUGAGGCCACAUCAGUAGCAGCCACAGGGUCUGCAGAACACGUGGUGGUGGAGGGAAGAAUCGUGGGGAUGAGGAAAGUUUCCCGAUCUUUAUUCUUUUUAGAUAUCGUUCAAGAUGAUGUUAGAGUUCAGGUUGUGGUUGGAAGAAAGUCCAUAGAGGAGAAUUUGGCAGCUAAGGGAGAGCUGGUAGGACAGACAGAACAAGUUGGACUGGCAGGACAGACUGGUGAGUUGGACCUGGAGUCCUCAUCGUUUGAAUGGCAUGCCAGUCUCCGUAAAGGAGAUCACAUUUCCGUGGCCGGGUACCCCAAUAGAACUAAGGCAGGAGAAUUGCUGCUUAGAGCCACUAGUGCCGUCAAGAUGGUGUCUCCAUGUCUCCGCCAACCGGCCCAUCGGUUGGAACAUCGUGACAAAAUCAACUCACAAAGAGUCCUCAACUACUUGGUCAACCCAAUGCAACGUCAAACGCUUGUGGUGAAGGCAGCAGUUAUUGCUGCCAUCCGAGGCUAUUUGUCGACUCGUGGAUUCCUCGAGGUACAGACGCCCAUCGUGGCCGGGGCCGGAACCGGGGCAAAUGCAGAACCGUUCCUCACCACGUCCAAGGCCAUCGACUCUUCAUCCAGCGGUGCCCUCCAACUCCGUGUAGCCCCGGAGCUUUGGCUCAAGAAGUUGGUCAUUCUGGGCUUUGACAAAGUGUUUGAGAUUGGUCAGAACUUCCGGAAUGAGGGCAUUGAUGCCACCCAUAACCCUGAGUUCCUCUCCUGUGAGUUCUACAAAUCCCAUACCGAUUUGGAUGAGCUUAUGAAGAUCACUGAGGAGAUCUUUGCUGAGAUUUUGGCUCGCUUACCUGCCAGUCAACGACAAUUACCACAAGAGGACAAGACUCUUUUUGAUCAGUUACGUCUGGGUAGUUACGCCCGCUAUGAGUUUAUCCCUACCCUUGAGCUGAAGAUUGGUCUCUCAUUCCCUGCACAACUCACAUCCGAAUCCUUAAUUGAAUACUUCCAUCAAGCCGGCAUAAAAGUUCCUGAUCAACGGUCCCCCAGUAAUCUCUUGGACACGCUUCUGGGACUCUAUUUGGAGCCUCUCUCGCACGAGGGCCCCAUUUUCAUCUAUAAUCAGCCAGCAGUGAUGUCUCCACUUGCCAAGUCGGCACCCAUUGAGUACCAUGGGAACACAUACAACGUGUCGCUCCGGUUCGAAAUGUUUAUCCGUGGUAAAGAGUACGUCAACUCAUAUGAAGAGGAGAACUCUCCCUUUGAACAACUUUCCAAAUUCGAAGCCCAAGUGGCAGCCAAGGAUGAGUUCCACGACAACGAGCUGUUGGUACCAGACUGGGAAUAUGUCAAGGCCAUGGAAUAUGGGCUUCCUCCCACUGGAGGAUGGGGUUGUGGUAUUGACCGGUUGGCCAUGCUUUUCUCAGGAAGUGAACGGAUCGAAGAUGUUCUCCCAUUCGGCAGUUUGAAGGAUGUUAUCAAGCAAUAAGAUGGCGGGGAGUACGCCAAUAAACCCUUACCGGAAAUGAUCUUUCUCCGUUCCACUCAUGUAUAUACAUUGUAAAUAGAAGGACUACGCUCUACAUACACG